AUGGUGAUCGGGCGUGUUUUGCCUCCUCCCCGCCGCAGCCCCGCAACUCGGCAAAUCCUGGUCCCGCAGUGUCAGAGGGGAGAAAGGGGACCCUUGACCCAGGGUAAUGUGCUCCCCUCCCAGGGUACCGGGACCUCAGCCCUAGGAUAUGGGCCUCCCGGCAGCGUGGGUCAGGGCUGCCUCCCCGGCCACGAGUAUGGGCACCCCCAUGGCAGCCAGGACUGGUCACCGCCUAAGAAAUCAGACCACGUACGAAACCUUCCCUUUCACAUCUCCUCCCCCGUCACAACGCCCCCUACCUCCACCCCAAACCCCUCCUCCACACCCUUCACGCCCAUACCCACGACCGAAAGUCUUCCCCUUCCAAAACCUUCCCCUCUCUCCCUGCCCGCGGCCAGCCAGCUGCCCCGCGCCCUUGCUGACUCGCCGGCCUUCAACUCUGCUGAGCCACCCACGUGCCCCUCGCCCGGCGCUCCUAGCCAGCAGACCCCGGCCAAUAUAGACUCCCUCGCCUCCCUCAAGUCCACUAAGAGCCCUCCCAAAAACUAA